AUGGACGCCUCCGAAUCAGCUCGUCCAACGCUCCGCAUCUCGAUCUGCAUGCACCACUCACACUCGCUGCACGCCGCCACGGCCAGAACGCCCCGGGAAUACACCCCUCAGUCAACGGUUCAGUUCACUGCACCUCCGAUUGCGAGACGUAGUCAGAGUAUGCAGUGUGCACGUACAGAUGCAGCUUCGCCUGCGGCUCAAAUUAGCUCAUUCAACGCUCCCUAG